GCUUAUAAUGCAAAAAAUUGGAUAAAACUUUGAAUUAAAAAAAAAGUUAGGAUCUGGUGCUUUUGGAGACAUAUACCUAGGAGUUAACAAAAAAAAUAACAUUGAGGUAGCUAUUAAAUUAGAACCUGUUACUUCUUAAUGUCCUUAAUUGAGAUAUGAACAUGAAAUCUAUAAAAGAUUAUUAGCUGAUAAUUAAAGUAUCGAUAGAGGAAUACCACAUGUAUAUUACACAUCAGAAGAAGGUGGGUAUACAUUUAUGGUUAUGGAUUUAUUGGGGGCAUCUUUGGAGGAGAUUUUUGUGUCAAAGAAAAAAAAGUUCUCUUUAAAAACAGUUGUUAUGAUAGGAUUGCAAUUUUUAGAGAGAAUCGAAUUUGUACAUUCAAAAGGUAUAAUUCAUAGAGAUAUUAAACCUGAUAAUUUUUUAAUUGGGAAACUUAACAAACAAAAUAAAAUAUAUAUCCUAGAUUUUGGAUUGGCAAAACGAUUUAUUAAAGAAAAUGGUCAUAUUCAAUAUAGGGAAUCAAAGACUUUGACAGGAACAGCCAGAUAUUGUAGUUUAAAUACUCAUUUAGGUGUAGGUAGUGUAAUUGUUUAAAUAUUGCUUAGAAUAAAGUAGAAGAGAUGAUAUUGAAUGUAUGGCAUAUGUAUUAUUUUAUUUUUUGAAAUCAACUUUGCCAUGGUAAAAUAUGAGAGCAAAAAAUAAAAGAGAAAAGUAACCUUAUGUUUUAUAUUUUUAGAUAUGAAAGAAUCAUGGAAAAGAAGAUGACAACGACAUAUGAUGAAUUAUGUAAAGGAGUCCCAAAAGAAUUUGGUUAGAUAUUAAAACAUGCAAGAAAUCUAGAAUUUGAAGAAGAACCUAAUUAUAAAUAUUUGAGAGGAUUACUGGAAAGUAUUUGUUAAUAGGAAAAAAUUACUGUUGAUUAUUAGUUUGAUUGGUGUAAAUGA